GAGCGCGGGACCAAUUAGAUUACACUGCAAUACAGAAGACUACUCUCGAGAGGAUUGAAACACUCACAUAUCUGGACCACCUGAGCUCGCGCUCAGGAACGAAUUCUCGGGCAUCGUACCCGUAAUCACCAGAUCCCUAUAAGACCCUAUGCAUAAGGCACGUAUAUGGGCAGUUGAGCCGAGUGAGGAAAAGGUUUGUUCGUGUGCGUGCUUUUGGCCACAGCAAAGCAAUCACUCGGCCGGCCGUCUCAUCUCAUGGAGAUAGAAGCGACACCGCUGAGCCCGCAGCAGCAAGCAUACAAUGGCGGCGGUUCGGAGCAGCGGGCCGGCGCCAGCGCUAAACCACUCUACCGCAACCCCGUCGUCGUCGUCAACUUCCUCCUCAUGGCCGUCGGCACGGUGUCUGGCCCGCUCCUGUUUCGCGCCUACUUCCUCCACGGCGGCUCGCGCAAGUGGCUCACCUGCCUCCUCCAGACCGCCGCGUGGCCGCUCCUUCUCCCGCCGCUCUGCGUCUCCUUCUUCUCCCGCCGCCGCCGCCAGCGCGAGGAGAGCGCCACGGAGGCCGCUCCGCUCUCCCUCAUGUCGGGCCGCCUCCUGGCGGCCACCGUCGCCAUCGGCCUCGUGAUCGGGGUCAUCGACUUCCUCUACGCGUACGGGCUGGCUUAUCUCCCGGUGUCCACCUCCUCCAUCCUCGUCUCCACGCAGCUGGCCUUCACGGCCGUGUUCGCGCUGGUGGUGAUGCGCCAUCGGUUCACCGCCUUCUCCGUGAACGCGGUGGUGCUGCUCGUCGUGGGCGCAGCCAUGCUGGGGCUGAACGGCGGAGGGGACCGCCCCGCGGGGGUGUCCCGGGCGCAGUACUACGCCGGGUUCGCCAUGACGCUCGGGUCCGCGGCGAUGUACGGCCUCGUGCUGCCCCUCAUGGAGCUCAGCCAGGCGCAGCACGCGGCUCGCGCCGGCGCGCCGGUCACGUACACGCUCGUCUUGGAGAUCCAGAUGGUCAUCGGGAUCACGGCCACGGCCUUCAGCGCCGUCGGCAUGCUCGUGAACCGCGAAUUCCACGAAAUUCCAGAUGAAGCACGGAGGUUCGACCUCGGCGAGGCAGGCUACUACUUUAUGCUAGUUAGUUCAGCCACGGCUUUCCAGUGCUACUUCAUCGGCACGAUUGGUGCCAUCUUCUACGGCUCGGCGCUGCUCGCGGGUGUCAUCAUGACAUUGCUCAUCUCGGUCACCGAGGUGUUUGCCAUCCUUUUCUUCCAUGAGCCAUUCAAUGGCACCAAAGGUGUCGCCCUCGCGAUUUCUAUCUGGGGUUUCAUCUCCUACUUUUAUGGUGAGAUUCGGACCAAUAAGCAGCAGUCCAACAUGUCGACGGAUAAGGAGCACUUGGGCCCAUAGAUCAAUUUCUAUUGUGGUAUUGUUUGUACUUUCCAGUAAGGACUUUGUGCUCACGAGGUCACUUUUACCCUUCAACUUUGAAAAGUCAAAACGUGUAUUGUAAAGUUUCAAACUUUUCCUAAAGAAUGUUCCUCAUGUAUUUCAGAAAUCAUUCAUCGUGUA